AUGAGUAGACGUGGAAGCUAUGGCGGUGGGCAGAGUUCGCUUGGUUACUUGUUUGGUUCUGAUCAGGAGCCAACCCAACCUCCGGCCUCCCCAGUAACAGUGAUCAAAGCACCAUGGUGUACUGAUGAUAACAGCACUAAGGAAGCCCCAAAUGAUUCAUCAUCGAAGAAACCGAAGGUCUCUAACAAUCAUCACAGAGCUCAAGGGCAAAACUCCGGCAACUUCCUUACUGAUCGUCCAUCAACGAAGGUUCAGUCAGCUCCAGGUGGAGUGUCAUCUCUUGGGUAUCUGUUCGAAGACAAGUCAGAUAACAAGUGA